AUGGCCUCGCAGACGCCCGACCGCCACGCCUGCCACUGCGGCAAGAGCUUCCUCCGCAAGGAGCAUCUCCGUCGCCACCAAGCCACCCACGGCGGGCCGACCUUUAGCUGCCAAGUAUGCGGCCGCUCCUUUAGCCGCAGCGACCUCCUCCGCCGCCAUGCGGGCAUCCACGGCGGAGCGGCCGCCGUGCCGGACUCGCGCCGCGGCAAGGCGUGCGACACGUGCCACGCAAACAAGACCAAGUGCGACGGUGGCCCGCAGUGCUCGCUGUGCGCCAAGCGCGGCGUCGCCUGCACCUACGGCCGCCGAGACGCCGCCGCUGCCGGCGCAACCGGCUCCUCGCCGCCGACGAAGCGGGUCCGCAUCUCCCCCACCGGCCCCGACGACGUCUCCGGCCCGGGCCCCGUCUCUGCCUCGGCGCCCGUCUCUCCGCCCUUUACCGAGAGCUCCGGCACCACCCCGAGCCUCGCCGCCAUCAGCAUCUUUGCCGGCUUGCCCCCGUGCGCCUCCCCCGCCGCCUCCACCACGUCGUCCUCGGCCGGCCAGCAGCAGCAGCAGCAGCAGCACAACAACAACUCGGCCACCUGGGCCGCCUUGCAGUCCAUCCACCGCGCCGUCGUCUCCCGCUCCGACGCCGGCCCCAACGGCCCCCCGCCGUCGCCGUCUCCCGUGCCCAAGCUGUGGCUGUCGGCCUGCGUCGACUCGUACUUCUCCACCGUCCAUCAGCGCUGGCCUGUGCUGCAUGGGCCCGGCACCGACGAGACGACCGACGAGGUGGCCAUUGUGGCUUCCAUUGUCAUGAUGACCUCGUGGCUUCACUGCGACCGCAGCUUCAAGCCGCUGCUGAUGGAGAUUCACAACGUCCUCGUCGAGCAGGCCUUCAAGCAACUGGCAAACGACACCUUCGACCCCAGCCGCCCGUGGCCCGCCGAGAUAUAUCAAGUCGCCCUGCUCAACAUCAUCUUUGCCUUUGAGAGCGGGCGAAGCCGCCACCUCCUCAGCCUCCUCAUCGCCGUGCUGCGGCAAAACGGCUGCUUCAGCGCAGAGGCCGUCGAGCGCGAGCGCAACACGCACUACCCGGGCGACUUCGUGCCGUGGGUCUUCGCCUCGGUCGAGCGGUGGAAGCGCCUCGCCUUCUGCACCUUCCAGGUCGACACAUACCUGUCGCUGCUGUGCAACCAGCCGCCGCUGCUGCGGCGCGAGGAGCUCGACCUCGGCCUGCCCUCGACGUUUGCCAUGUGGAACGCCUUUGGCCUGCACAUCUUCUUCCCGCGCCACCGCAGCGAGCCGUGGCGCCGCGGCGCCCUCAAGAUGUCGUGCCUCGACAUGACCAACCCGCAGCUGCUGCCGUCGGGCAUCCUCGUCGAGGACGUCCACGCGUGCCUGCUCGGGGCCUGGAACGACAUCUGGAUCCUGCAGCAGCUCCGCCGCAACCGCCACGACGCCGCCGCCGCCCGCGCCGACGCCAUCGCGCGCCAGCUCAAGGUCUGCAAGAUCCAGCUCGACGCCAUUGUCGAGGCCACCGACAGGCCCGACCUCCACGGCCAGUACACCGACUUCCUCAUCCGCGCCUACUCGGCCAAGGAGCUGCCCACCGAGCCCAAGUGGCGCGAGCGCGUCCAGGCUCGCAUCCACUCGUACGCCUUCAGCGUCCGCAUGCUCUACCACCUGCUCAACCUGCACCUGCGCGCCGACGUCCAGGCCAUGCGCGACGUCAGCCACACGGCCUCGUCCAUGCCCGGCCCGGAGUCGGGCGGCGGCGCCACCUCGCCGUCGUGGCAGCGCAAGGUCAUGCAGAUCCAGGAAUGGGCCAUGUCCUCGGACAGCAGGGCCGCCCUCUUCCACGCCAUGUUUGUCUGGAGGACCUACCAGGAGUCGGCCCCGGCCCUCGACCUGCACCAGAAUCCGCCCGACCCCAUCGUCUACAUGGCCCUCUCGGCCGCCGCCAUGGUGCUGUGGACCUGGACCAUGAACGCCGUGCCCGCCUGCAUCUGCGGCCCCGACGUGCCCAAGAUCGACGUCAGCGCCGGCCCCCUCAGCGCCGAGUCGAGCGCCGACAUCGACGACUGGGUCCUUCGAGGCGGCAGCGGCAUCAUGCUCCACGGCGCCACCGUCUGCAACUGCAACGCUGCCACCUGGCUCACCCGCUUCGCCGAGGCCCUGGCGCGGGGAGGCGAGCGGUGGGAGCUGGGCAGCAUUGCCGCAAACAACUGUCUCUCCAGACUGAAUUUUCCUUAG